UUAAAUGAAAUGCAAACAAAUAGGAAGUGUUUUUACUUGCCCUCAAGGAAAAUACCCUGUUAACAAUAAGAAGUAUUUAUUCCCCAGUCUCAACGUGAUCAUUGGUAGUAUAUUCAGGUAGUUUAAUUCGUGUAGUAGUUUGGUGUGAGAUUAUAAACACUGUGGCUGCAUUUAAAUUUAUUAUGUCAAAGUAUUUGUAUGUGUGCCUUUUGUUACUUUUUACCAUUGUCACUGAGGUAAACGGUCAUGGACGUUUGGUUGAACCACCGAGCCGUUCUUCAAUGUGGCGCCAGGGGUUCAACUCACCGCAGAAUUAUGACGACACUUCAUUGUUUUGCGGAGGGUUCAGUACCCAGUGGAGCAGGAACGGCGGAAAAUGCGGCGUGUGUGGUGAUAACUUUGCAGAUAAUCCGCGACCCAACGAACCAGGCGGCAAGUUCUACACAGGGAUCAUCGUACGCAAAUAUGACGUCGGUCAGGUGAUUGACGUCGCUGUUCAUUUGACGGCCAAUCACAAAGGAUGGUUUAAAUUUCGCCUGUGCCAAAAUGACGUCGAGAACAAAGCUGUAACGCAAGAUUGCUUUGACCAACAUCUCCUUAAAGAUGACAAAGGAGUGAGUCGGUUUUCAAUCAGCAUGGGCAUGGAAAUGGUCAAGUAUUCUCUCAAACUUCCGACAGGUAUUACAUGUCGCGCAUGUGUGUUGCAGUGGAUGUACAAUACCGGAAAUAGCUGGGGCGUGGAUCCGGUUACCAAAACCGGCUGCAUUGGAUGCGGCAAUCAGGAACAGUUUUACGGAUGCUCAGACAUCUCUAUCGGUGCAUCCGGUGUAACAACAGGUCAGGUUUCGCCAAAUGUAGUGGUCCCAAAGGGUGACAUUGAUGACCGGAAGUGGCAGGAACUCGUGGACCAAUCCUGCGUCUGCGCCCAAACCUCUAAGACCGCGAAGCCUCAAUGCGGACAUCUUGUUACAACAUGCCUCGGCGUGGUGCUGUUUCUUCAAGUGUUAUUUUUCUGAUUUUUCAUUAUUAAAAGUCGACUUUCUUUAUUAUGUUAUACUGUUAGCAUUGCAGUUGGUUUGCUACAUAAUUAUAGUAAUUAGUUCCCCUGUUGUGUCACUAUGCUUACUAUGAACGUCACUCAUUUUUUGUUAACAGAAUAUGCCUACAUAUAUGUACUUUGUUUAAUAUCUUAUCGUAAGAUGGUCCAUAACUGAAAAUGCUUCAGUAAAGGUCUUUUCUUUACUAGUGUAUAUUAUUGAAAACCAAAUGUCUGUA